CUUUGGAAAUGCAUGAAUUUAGAAGAAGGUGUGCGAUGUAUCUAUAAAAUUAAAAUUAAUGCUUCUAGAGAAAAGAAAUCUAAACUGACUUAUCUUUGACGAGGAGAGCAGGGCGAACAACAUAUUUUCAAAUCGAACAAUUAAUGUCAAUGUAAGUUUUAUAAUUUUUUUAAUUCACAAUUUAAAUCCAAUUACUGUAUACAGUUACUGGUCUUACAGUUGUGCAUUUUAUUAUUUAUUCACUAUAAUUCAGUAUUUAGUAUAUUCACAACGUAAAAAUUGUUAAACUGUCAAAAGUAACAAACAACUACAUUUUCUUUAUUCAUUUUUGUCGCUUGUAUAUCAGGCUGCAUAGAUAUAUCAGACAUGUUUUUUGCUAUUUUUCAUAUCAUCUAUUCAAUCCGUUCAGAUGUCGCCACAUUUGUAACACAUAUAAUGCCAUCUGAAAAGCCGAUCUGAAGUUUUGAAUCCCAUUGUCAAAAGAACGAAGUAAAAUGCAAAAUUUGACGUCUCUAAAUAAAAAAUGGGUAUAAUAAUUUCAUAAUAUUAGCACGAGAAGAAGCAUGUUUUCGAUCUCGUGUGUUUAUUUAAAUAACAGAUAAAUGUUGCCUUUCUGUCGUAAUGCAAGAAAUGCGUUCGUAACGAUGUUAACAAAAAAAUAUCAUUUUAGAAUCAAUAUUCCGACGUUACUUGUUACACUUUCAUUUCUGUUCUUAUGCGUACAUUAUUUAUCAUCCGCAAAGUGUUCGUCCAGCGAUCAAAUGAUUCAAGAUAAAUCCAAAUUCAGACUAAUAAUAUUAAUUCUAACGAGUCCAGAAAAUUUGGAGCAAAGGGAUACUGUUAGAAAAACAUGGCUUUCUGAAAAACAUGCAUCAGUGAAGCAUCUUUUUGCAGUGGGAACGUUGGAUAUUUUACCCGAACAAAGAGAUACGUUAUUGUCUGAGAAACAAAAAUUUAAUGAUUUACUUUUGUUACCGAAGCUGCAAGAUUCUUAUAGGACAUUGACAAAGAAACUUCUAUAUUCUUUUAAAGAGAUUUAUGAGUAUUAUGAUUUUGAUUAUUUACUUAAGUGCGACGACGACACAUUCGUACUUGUACAUAGAAUAUUAAAGGAAUUAGACAGAUGGCAAAAUAAAGGUACGAAGAGAGAAUUAUAUUGGGGUUUUUUCAAUGGAAAAGCACAAGUGAAAAGAAGCGGACCAUGGAAAGAAAUGGAUUGGAUUUUAUGUGAUUACUAUUUGCCAUAUGCAUUGGGUGGUGGAUAUAUAUUGUCAUAUAAUCUUAUCCAGUUCAUUAUUAGUAAUAUGGAAAUUCUUAAACUGCACAAUUCAGAAGAUGUGUCUGUUGGAUUAUGGCUUGCACCAUUAGCAAAUAUAGAAAGAAAGCAUGAUGUACGCUUUGAUACAGAGUAUAGAUCACGUGGCUGCUCUAAUCAAUACAUAAUUACUCAUAAGCAAACUAUACAAAAUAUGAGAAAUAUGUAUGAGUAUUAUCAAGUUUCUGGAGCACUUUGUCCUAAAGAAAUUAGAAAUCGUAUGAGUUAUAGAUAUAAUUGGACUGUACCCCCUAGUCAGUGUUGCACUAGACAAACAGGAAUUCCUUAACAUAAUCAAUAUUCCUAUUAUCCUAUUCAGUAUUUUAGUCUCUUAAAACAAUCUUUUCGAGCUUUGCUUCAUAAAUAAUAUAUUACACAUAUUAUAUAAAAAAAGUCAACUCAGUUUGUGAUAUUACUAAUGUGUUAUAAGAUAUGUAAUUUAAUACUUAAUUAAAAUUUGAGAUAUACAUUAUUAAUAUUCUUUAAUAUGAUUCAGCUACUGUUAUAGCGAUCAUAUCUGUACAUAGAUGCUGUAAAUAUUUUGUAAUAAAGGACUAGUAAUCGAAAAUUUUUAUUUAUGUA